AUGGGGAAUACUGUAGGAUUAACACCUCUAGAAGUUUAAUAAAUAUCUUAAUGCACUAAUUUUGAUGAAAAAGAUGUGAGAAAGAUUUUUAGGAAAUAUUAAAAGCUAGAUAAAGUUAGUAAAGGAAAUGUUAACUACUUUGAUAUGUAGAGAUUACCAGAAAUAAGCUAGAACCCACUAGGAGAGAGAGUAGCAAAAUCAUUGUCACAUUCUUAAAUAAACCCAUCAGUAGAUUUCACAACAUUUAUAUCAAACUUAAAUACUUUCAAUAGCAACAACUAAGAAGCAAAGAUAAAAUUUUACUUUAAAGUGUAUGAUACUGAUGAAGAUGGAGUAAUAAGCAAACAAGAUGUAGAAAAUGUAUUUAGCCUUCUUGUAAAUAAUGAAAUAAAAAAGUUUUAGCUCAAAGAUAUAAUUGACACUCUAUUUUCUUAAUACAAGCUUAAAAAUGAAAACUAUUUUGAUUAUUAAGAAUUUAAAAGCCUCGUAUUACAAAUGUAAGAAUAAAUGUGA